AUGGUCAAUGCAGGCCGCGUCUGCUGUAUAACGGCACCUUUCCUCCUCUCAAUAGGAGUCUUAAUAUGUCUAGUACUGGUGUUCCUGGCCGGUACUUUCGACCGCAACAAGACUGUGGACGACCUCUACUUCCUCAAGAUCGAUCUGACAAACCUCACACUCUCAUCCUCUGCAAACCUCUUAGAUGAUCUAAGCGGUGGUAACACCACCAUCCUGGGCGGUGCCCUCGAAGCUGCCAAGCAGUCACUGGGAAUGAAAGAUUACUACACCAUCUACCUGCGUAGCUACUGCAGCUGGAACGGUGAUGACACUUACGCCAACUGCACCGACCCCGAAGCCUACUUCUGGUUCAACCCCAUCAAUAUCUGGGGCCUGAACAACACCGGUGUCCCAGUCGACGACUACCUGCCCCAGACCUUCCGCGAUGGCCUCGACGCCUAUCACGCCGCCAGCAAAGCCCUCUUCUACCUCUACGUCUUCGCCCUCUCCGCCGCCUGCGUCACCAUCCUCGUAGGCUUCUCCGCAAUUUUCUCACGAUGGGGCUCCUUCUUUACCACAUUCUGCGCCUCGGCCAUGGCCAUCCUGAUCCUCGGCGCCUCCAUCACCGCUACAGCAGUCUACAUUGUUCUCCGCACGGCCCUCAAUGAGACUCUGAAAGACGAUUAUGGCAUUGAAUCGAGCAUCGGUACCAGUGUGCUUUCUGUCACUUGGAUUGGGACUGCACUGGCUCUAGGGGCUGGCUUCUUCUGGCUCCUCUCCGUCUGUUGCUGUAGUGGUCGCAGCCCGUAUAAUCCUGGAAACAGGGAAGCUAGGCGUACUCGUGCCGAGAAGACCCCUUAUUCCUAUGAAAGAGUGGGAAGCCCUUAUAUGGGUCCUACUGAUCACCAGAGCGUUCCCCUGAAUACUCUUGGACCCCAUGGUGGCGGAUAUCAUGAUCAGAGAGGAAGCGCUUAUGAACCGUUCAGACCGCAGGGAAUGUAA